GGGACGGCCCCGCUGCCUGCCACCCGCCACCCGCCGGGGGCUCUCCCGCCUCGCCAUGCCGCCGUGGGGCGCCGCCCUCGCCCUGCUCCUAGCGGCGCUCGCCCUGCUCGGCCUGCUCGCCCCGCGGCUGCGGCGCGCCGUCGGAGCGAGGACUCUGCGUCGGCCCCGCGGCCGGGACCACGAGGAGGAGGUGGACGGCAGCGGCGCCGCGGCCCAGUUCAGCGACGGGCGUGAGGCGCUGCCCGGCGGCUGCAGGCUCGUCUGUAAGCCGUCGGCGCUGGCCCAAUGCCUGCUGAGCGUCUUGCGGCGUUCAGCAGCGCUGGAGCCGCGCCCGCGCUCCUGGCUCUCUGGGCCCCACCUGCAGACCCUCUGCCACUUCGUGCUGCCGGUGGGGCCGGGGCCUGAGCUGGCCCGGGAGUACCUGCAAUUGGCGGACGACGGGCUGGUGGCCCUGGACUGGGUCGUGGGCCCGUGCCCCCGGGGCCGGCGGGUCACCAACGCCGGCGGCCUUCCCGCGGUGCUGCUGGUGAUCCCCAAUGCGUGGGGGCGCCUCACUCGCAACGUGCUCGGCCUCUGCCUGCUCGCCCUGGAGCGCGGCUACUACCCGGUCAUCUUCCACCGCCGCGGCCACCACGGCUGCCCGCUGGUCAGCCCCCGGCUGCAGCCUUUCGGGGACCCGUCUGACCUCAAGGAGGCGGUCACUUACAUCCGCUUCCGACACCCGGCGGCCCCUCUGUUCGCGGUGAGCGAGGGCUCGGGCUCAGCGCUUCUGCUGUCCUACCUGGGCGAGUGCGGCUCCUCCAGCUAUGUGACCGGCGCCGCCUGCAUCUCGCCGGUGCUGCGCGGCCGCGAGUGGUUUGAGGCCGGCCUGCCCUGGCCCUACGAGCGCGGCUUUCUACUCCAGCAGAAGAUCGCCCUCAGCAGGUACGCCUCGGCCCUGCAGGACACAGUGGACACCCACAGACUGUUCCGGAGCCGCUCCCUGCGAGAGUUCGAGGAGACCCUCUUCUGCCACACCAAGAGUUUCCCCAUCAGCUGGGACACCUACUGGGACCACAACGACCCCCUCCGGGAUGUGGACGAGGCCGCCGUGCCCGUGUUGUGCAUCUGUAGUGCUGAUGACCCCGUGUGUGGGCCCCCAGACCACUUUCUGCCCGCCGAACUCUUUCACAGCAACCCCUACUUCUUCCUCUUGCUCAGUCACCACGGAGGCCACUGUGGCUUCCUGCGCCAGGAGCCCUUGCCAGCCUGGAGCCAUGAGUUCAUCUUGGAGUACUUCCGGGCCUUGACCGAGUUCUUCCGAACGGAAGAGAGGAUGAAGGGGCUGAGCAGGCGCCGAGCUUCGUUCCUAGGGGGCCGCCGUCGCUGGGGAGCCCCGCAGAAGCGGGAGGUCUCUCCCUCUUCCCAUCUGGAGGAGAUCUUUAGCUGGAAGCGAUCGUACACAAGGUGAGGUCUGGCCCAGGAACACCCCCAAGUCCUGCACAGAAGAGCAGGGCUGGGCAUGCAAGGGUCCUGAAAAGGUGGCGAGGACUGAAGGCAGCAAGCGGUCCCAGCUCCUGGCCACUGACUCAGCCCCUUCUCUCUUGAACUGGUCCGUGGGCAGAGAUGGGACAUCAGCAAGCUGGUGCUCCCUUUACCCGGAGAGCACUCCCACGCCAGGCUUUGCUCAACCCCUCCCGGCUCUUCCUGGUCAGCAGCUGGGCUGUCACGGUCACUGUGUCCUGUCGCCGACCUCUUAAGCCAAAGAAUAGCACCACUGAAGCGCAUGGACUCAGGAGAAAAUGCUCUCACUCGAAAGGACUAAAGAGCAAAUGGGUUUAUGUAUGUCAUCGGGGAGCUGUGUCCCACAUAAAUAAUCGCUCUGUGACCCUGAUUCUCCAGCUGGAGCUACUCACUGCCGUGAGGACAGGAUGUUUGUGUCUCACUUAGUCCCACUUCCCUCAUUUGGUUCUGUGGUUGUGACUCUCUGCUGACUUCACGCUGCGGCAGCUGUGGAAGCCCCUAGAGCCGCGUGUCUGCGUCAGUGUUGCGUGAGUGUGAGAAAGGCGGCCGAGGCAGUGGGUGCUUGCUGAAGCUGGGGUGGUGAGGUCAUGGUAUGGAGUGUGUGUGUCUGUGCCUGGAAGACUGAGGUCCUGUCUUUCAGAAUGGUCUUGCAAAUCUUGGUUGGGCGGAUCUGGGGCUUCCAGCAAGGACCUCAAGCCUAGAGAGAUCUUAAGGAUGAUUUUAAGAAAAGGAAGUCCUGGAACGCUUGAGUGGCUCUGUUGGUUGAACGUCCAACUUCGGCUCAG